UUUUGGUGAAGCCCAUUCAGUUGAAUUGUAUAACAUUAUUUGAGUUGAAACUAUCAAUCAAUCCUACCAAACAAAUCUCACAUGUUCUUGUCUUUUGGAAGAAAAAAGAAAAGAAAUGACGACAUAAUAUUAUAAAUAGCAAAGAAAAAGCAAAAAAGAAACUAAUUUUGAUUGUUUGAUUCAUUCAAGAAAACCCUUUUUGCCUAUUGCAACUGUCAGCUCCAGAAAACCAUUCUGGUCUGAAGAAGAUCAUGAUGGGAUUAGAUUCAAGUGAUAACAUCAACACCCCUUUGUUACUCACUCAAUCUCAAUCUCAUCCUAUCAAAAGAACAGGGACUUUAUGGACAGCAGUAGCACACAUAGUGACAGGGGUGAUAGGAUCAGGAGUGUUAUCUUUGCCAUGGAGCAUUGCACAACUUGGAUGGAUUGUUGGACCAUUUUCCAUACUCCUUAUUGCUUCUUCAACUCUUUACUCUGCUUUUCUUCUAUGCAAUACUUAUCGUUCUCCGAAUCCUGAAUAUGGUCCUCAUAGAAGUGCUUCUUAUCUUGAUGUUGUCAAUUUUAAUCUAGGAACAGGGAAUGGAAGACUCUGUGGCUUUCUUGUGAAUAUCUGUAUAUAUGGUUUUGGAAUUGCCUUUGUCAUUACAACUGCUAUCAGCUUAAGAGCAAUCCAAAUCUCAAUUUCUCAACACAACAAAGAGAAUGAAACACCAAGUGAAUUUGCAGAUGCAUAUUAUAUGCUGAUUUUUGGAAUUGUCCAAAUUGCUCUCUCCCAGAUACCAAACUUACAUGACAUACAUUGGCUGUCCGUUGUCGCUGCGAUUACAUCCUUUGGUUAUUGUUUCAUAGGAAUGGGACUUUCCAUCAUGCAAAUCAUAGAAAAUGGAUAUGCUAAGGGUAGUAUUGAAGGAAUCAGUACCUCUAGUGGAACUGAGAAGUUGUGGUUGGUUUCCCAAGCGCUUGGUGACGUGUCGUUCUCCUAUCCUUUCUCGACAAUUAUGAUGGAAAUACAGGAUACUUUGAAGACGCCUCCACCAGAAAACCAAACCAUGAAAAAGGCCUCAACAAUAUCAGUUGCUAUCACGACAUUCUUUUACCUCGUUUGUGGAUGGGCUGGAUAUGCUGCCUUUGGUGAUAAUACACCAGGAAACCUUUUAACAGGGUUCGGUUCCUCCAAAUUUUAUUGGCUUGUUGGCUUUGCUCAUGCUUGUAUAGUGGUUCACCUAGUUGGUUCAUAUCAGGUAUACUGCCAGCCCCUUUUUGCUAAUGCCGAGAAUUGGUUCCGUUUAAAUUUCCCUGACAGUGAAUUUGUGAAUCACACAUAUACCUUGAAACUCCCAUUGCUUCCCGCUUUCAAACUAAAUUUUCUCAGCCUGUCAUUCAGAACGGCUUAUGUUGCAUCAACUGUUGUGAUUGCAAUGAUCUUUCCCUACUUCAACCAGAUUUUGGGAGUUUUAGGUAGCAUAAGCUAUUGGCCAUUAACCAUAUAUUUUCCAGUGACAGUAUACUUGAGUAGGUCUGAUACUGAUGCAUGGACUGCGAAAUGGGUUAUGCUUCAAGCUUUCAAUGUUUUUGGCUUUGUAUUUGGAUUGUUCACUCUUAUUGGAUGCAUUAGAGGAAUAGUAACUGAAAAAUUAGGCUAAGAAUUUUUAAGAACAGAUUCAUAUUGAGGAAUGUGAGCCCUAUUCUAUGAUUGUAGCCGCAAGACGCGAUUCUGUUGCACUGCAGAAGAUCAAAAGUAUACAUUGGUGCAAUCUUUUGAGAAACUAGUUAGUUUCAUAUACAAUAUUGAUAGGGAACUUUUAAGAUGUAAGUUGUUCCCAUGGCAUUACAGCGUUGUGCUGGUCAGGUUCUUGAAUUUGAACCUGUGGAAGGUGUCCACCGCAGGAAUUAAUGAAAUAAUCACUUCUUGUCAAAAAUCUCAGCUGUUUGAUUUUGUUUGAA